CACGAACUCAUCAACGAAAACUAGCGGAGAUGACGGAGGAGGCCACGAAGAAGAAGGGAGUGAUGUCGAGGAGGAGGAAGGCGCACUGCACGGCGUGCUGCGUGGUGCUGGCCGUGCUGGCCAUCCUGGGCGCGCUGGCGCUGGCCUUCUACCUCCACUACCGCCCGCGUCCGCCGCGCGUGGUGGCGACGCCCGUGGACUUGAGCAUCGACGAGUUCGCCCUCCUCCCGCACCCGACCCUCCGGGUCUCCGUCGGCGUCCACGUCGUGGUCACCAACCCGAGCAACUCCCCCUACCGGUACGGCGCGGCGCUGAGCGCGGUGACCUACCACGGCGCGCCCGUCGGGGAGACGCUGGUGCCAGCGGGGGAGAUCGGCGGCAAGUCCACGGCGCGGGUCGAGCCGGUCACCGUCGUGGACGGGGUGAGGGUGGCCGAGAGCCCGCACUUCGCCGCCGACGCCGUCGCGGGCGUGCUGCCGUUCGUGGCCGUGGUGAGGGUGGUGGGCAAGGCGCUGGUGCUGCACGCGUUCGAGGUGCCCGUCACCGUCGAGGUCGUCUGCCUCGUACGGAUGUACGUGUUCCACGGCGAGAGCAGCUCGCGGUGCGCCUCCACCGUGCGCACCGGGUCCAGGGCCGCGGUCUCCGGCUCCGGCGGGGGGUUCCCGGCGGGGCAUGCGCACGAGCAUGAGUAGGCGGCUAGGCGCGUGCACACCUGAUGGCUGUUGGAUUUGCUUGUGGCGCGGCGGCAGCUAUGGUUUACGAGAAUGUACCAUGCAGUAAAAAUCCAACAAUGUACUGGUAGUUUUUUUUUUAAAAAAAGGAAGAAUGUACUGCUAGUUUUUA